CGGGUCGGAUCCUUUGAUCUUCCACUGGUUGACACCACAUGCCGGCUUUUACUUACUAUUGCACUCUCGAGAGAGAGAGCAAAGAGAAUUUGGAAGUGGAAGUUCGUGUUUGUUCGAUGGAAUUCGUGAAGUGAGGAUCAGAAAGAAAAACCAUAGCAAAGAGAAUUUUGCCGAGAUCGCACUCAGACUGAAUCAAUCGGAGUUUUUUGGAUUUUGAAUUCUAUUUUGAAAUUGUGGGGGUUACUAGUCAAUGCUUUUGGACUCCCAACUUCAUAUUUCUUCAAUGGAAGUAUGGUAUCAGAGCGGGAAAUUGAGCAAACCCUAAACAACACAACUAGUGAUGGAAAUCAAACAGAGGAGACAGGCACCAAUUUUGGUUCCCCGCCUUCAGAAAACAUCGGAAAAUGUAUCCUCGUCAAUUUUUCCGUCGUCUGCCGCCAAAACCCUCUCGCGCACUGCCACGUGACUCCGUCGGACAUCCACGCGCUAGUCCUAUCUUCCUUAGAAAGUUUUGAACAUUCCAUCCGUGCAAACCUAUUCUUCAUCCGCAGUCUAUAUUGCUCCCCAUGCCUCGAUUCAUGUUCUGCCACGUAAUUCCGGUUGGCCACCAUCGCUUCUGCUAUCAAAUCUGUAUGCCCUACCAACCACUGAUUUUAGCUAUUAUCCCAAUACUAAGAAUCUUCAAAUUCACUCAACAUUUGAGGUUGGUGAAUCUUCGGCACAUUUCAACCCUAACGUGCAAGCUUCCUCUUCAGGAAUAACUCAACAGCAACUGGAAGGGCUUCGACAACAUAUUACAGCAAUUGGGGCUACCCUAGGGACGACAUCUAACACUUCUGUACCGAUGUAUUUUGAGAAUGUGGUAACCUUGUUUCCUACUUUAUCCUCUUCCUAGGUGAGUGAGAAUGCUAGUCCAACCACACUUGGAGCUAUUGUCCAACAGAACUUGAGCUUGGGGAGGAUGAUUAGCACUGCCCGACACAGUAGGGGUCUUUACUUGCUUGAUGAUAAUGCCUCCUCUAGUCGUAUUUCUAGGACGAGUCUUUUAUCUUCCUACUUUACCACUUCCGAAAAAGAUCUUAUGUUGUGGCAUUUCCAUUUAGGUAUAUCACCGGACCAGGAAUCAGUGGGUUCUGGGACAAAAAGGUCUAGUGUAUCAUCGGGAAGCAAGUGUAGAUACCGGAAGGAGUUUCUUAACAGAUUUUCAGACAGUGAGAUCUUCACUGCUAAACUUGAGGAUUGGUUCGAAGAAAUAUCAGAGAGUUCUAGAACCAAAAAGUCUGUUUUUGAUGUGCCAUUUGAGUUGAUUGAUUUACAGAAGUUUGACUAUGCACUAGAAGGGAUUUCAUUUCAGCAGCUGAUUCGAAUGCCCAGCCCUAUAUAUGCUUCUGCCUCUGAUGGCGUGGAAGCAACUGCUUAUCUUGCUGUUGAAGAUUUUCUUCAUGCAAGUGUGAAAGGUUUGUGGGAGGCAUUUUGGAGUCAAGAUCAGCCCAUGCCUUUUAAUGUUGGCUGCUUAUACAGGGAUAAUUUAAAAUUUUACCCGGCUGAGAAGGCAAUUGCUAGUGGGAAAAUUGAAGGUCUUUCAGCCACUGGCAUACUGCUGAAGAAUCAUCGACAUCCCCACGGGAAAUGGGACCAAAUUAUUACGCUUGCUGUACUUAGUCCUGAUAUUGGAAAUCUUGCUGUGGAUCAUGAGAGCUGCCCUUCUCUGUCUAUUUUAGGUGAGACUCUUUUUUAUGCUAUCCGAUUGCUAUUGUCAAGAAGCUUGAGCAAAUCAAACUAUUCACCAAGUUUGAGCUCUGUCUUUGUUCUUCUUGUUGAUUCACGGUAUGGAGGAGUUAUUAAAGUUGAAGGAGAUUUAAGUAGGUUGGAGUUUGACCUGAAUAAUGUGUAUGAAUGUGCUGCUGAAUGGAUAAAAGGAUAUGCUACAAUAUCAGUUUCUCCGAUUGAUAGGAUCUGGAACGAGCUUGGAAAUGCAAACUGGGGAGAUAUUGGGGCAUUGCAGUUGCUUUUUGCAAUCUUCCAUUGUAUUGUUCAAUUUGCAGGAGUUCCCAGGCACUCGAUUGAAGAUCUAGCUGCGGAUCAUAGUUCUCGUUUGCAAACUAGAAGAGUGGAGAGGCAGUUGGGAGAUGUCAGAGUGAAUGGAAAUGGCUUGUUUAGGUUUCAACAACAAAGUGUUUCCCCUGAAAUUGUUGAAGUUCAAGAAGAUUCGAUCAAAGUUAAGUCCGAAGAGAUAGUAAAGUUAGAAGUAGGAUCCGUGCUGUGGUUGGAGGAUUCAAACUGGCAAAAGGGUUAUCAGAUUAAUGAACUCCUGACUUCUGGGGAGCUUCAAUUUUAUAUAGCUUCUCCUAUCGAAGAACCUGGAAAGAGUCUGUUUCUUUAUGUUGGAUCUCGAAUUUCUCAGCUAGAAGCAUGGGAAGAUAUGAACUUGUGGUAUCAAGUGCAGAGGCAGACCAGGGUGCUAACUGUAAUGAAACAGAAAGGUCUAUCUAGUAAGUACCUACCUCAGUUAAGUGCAUCUGGGAGGAUUAUUCAUCCUGGUCAGUGUCGUAGACCUAGCUCAGGUGGCAACUGUGACCACCCUUGGUGUGGCACACCCAUUCUUGUUACCAGCCCAGUUGGUGAAACGGUAGCUGACAUGGUUAAUGGAGGUAGAUUCAAUUCAGAAGAAACAUUAAAGUGCUGCCAUGACUGCUUGUCUGCACUCUCAACUGCAGCUUCAGCUGGAAUUCGUCAUGGUGACAUCAGGCCGGAGAACGUGGUUUGUGUGAGAUCUGGUGUAAGAUGGCCUUAUUUUGUUCUUAUUGGCUGGGGACAUGCAAUUCUUGAAGACAGGGACCGUCCUGCUUUGAAUCUUCACUUCUCGUCCACUUUUGCACUACAAGAGGGGAAACUCUGCUCGGCCUCAGAUGCAGAAAGCCUAGUUUAUAUGCUCUAUUAUGCCACUGGUGGCACUUUUCCUGAUUUGGAUUCUGUUGAGGGGGCACUAUUGUGGAGAGAGACCUCUUGGUCUAGGAGAUUAAUCCAGCAGAAGCUUGGUGAUAUGUCUACGGUUCUAAAAGCAUUUGCCGACUAUGUCGAUAGUCUAUGUGGAACACCAUAUCCAAUGGACUACAACAUCUGGUUAAGAAGGUUGAAGAGAAAUAUUCACGAUGAAGACCCAGGGAAGGAAAUUGAUACGUCAGGCUAGGUCUCUUUUGUUAGCUGUGUUGUAUAAAAUGGCUACUCUAUCUCCUGACAUCAUAUCUUCCCAACUGUGAUUGCAUAUUUUUGGUUGGUGAAGACUGGAUGCUGCAGGUUAGUUGAUGGCUUAAUUACAUUCACAAGGUUCAAAAUUUUGGACUCAAUGCUGGCUACUACGAAGGAAUGUUCCCAUCAGCUAGCCAUUUCUUGUUCGUUUUCGAGUCUGGGCCCUCUUCAGAUGUUUUCUUUUAGUAUGUUGAAUGGAUUAACAUCUUAGCAUAGUUACAGUAUGCCAAUUGACUGGAAUAUAUAUUGGACAGAUACACCUAACAAGGUUGCACUGCUCUUAACCUCCAUUAGCGUUGGUCAAGCAGAGACAAGUGCAGCGACGACAAUAUCGACACUGAUUUAUAACUACGUGGACCAAGGUAGGUGCCAAAAUGUUUCUGGACAGUUGUUUAGGUAAAGUAGAAUUUAGUAUUGAAUUUGGUGUGAAGGAGUACAUUUGUAUAUGUGUCUUUGGCUGUUACUUGGGAUUUGUGAUUAAGUUGAUUAAAGGGUAUUUAUUUGGUAAUUUGGGUCAGUGUCCUUGAAAUAGCAAGAAUUGAGGAAAAAAAGAGUUGGAGGUCUAUGUUGUUGAAGUGUAUAACAUUCGAAAGAAACUUGUAAUUUCUGUAAGGAUAAAAGCUUAUUUGGAUUCCUCAUUCUA